CUCCGGGCAGGACGGGGUUAACCCUCCUCCUCCUCCUCUUCUUCCUCCUCCUCCUCUACUUGGGCGAAUAAAUCCUCCUCCUUCUCUUCUCUCAGUCACUCCUCCGGUUCCUCCUGAUAGGAAGGAAGGCAGAGAGGCAGAGGCAAGUGGGAGCUACCUGGGGGUCUUGGGGGGCAGAUUUGGGGGGCAGAGCAGGGACAGAUUUGGGGGUACAGUGGGGUCAGUUUGGGGGAGAGAUAAUAGACAACUUGUGGUCAGCAGGAGAAACUUUUGGGGUUCCCUUGGGUGGGGUACCCUUGGGGGGCCAAGUCACUGGGGGUGGGUUACAACUGGGGGUUCGGACUAGAUAAUUUUGCGGGACAGUGGGACAAAGUACAGGGCUCUGCGGUGAGUUGACUUUUGGAUCUAGUUGGGGGGGAUUCGACCCCCCAAGUCCAUUGGGGUUAAUUCCAGGAGGGGUAGUUAGUCCUUUGAUUAGGGGUAUUGAUCCAGCAGGGAGCGAACCGGCUGGAUCAAUACCAGCAAAGUUGGAUUGAUUGGGGCAACUGAGGAACGGUCCAUCGGGGAGACUUAGUUUUGGGGUGACUGUUAGCCAACCUUUGGUCACGGUCAAGUAGGAUCUCAACUGGGGUUCAGUGGGGUAGUUAGGCAAGGUCAGUACCAGGACGCGGACAAAGAGUAGGGUAGGGGCAACUGAGGAACGGUCGGUUGGGCAGACUUAGUUUUGGGGUGACCGUCAGCCAGCUUUUGGUCACAGUCAAGCAGGAACUCAACUGGGGUUCAGUGGGGUACACUUAGGCAAGAUCAGGACCAGGAUGGGGACAAAGAGUAGGGUAGGGGCAACUCAAGAACGGUCGGUCGGGCAGACUUAGUUUUGGGGUGACCAUCAGCCGGCCUAUGGUCACGGUCAAGUAGGAUCUCAACUGGGGUUCAGUGGGGUACACUUAGGCAAGGUCAGGACCAGGACGGUGACAAAGAGUAGGGUAGGGGCAACUGAGGAACGGUCGGUCGGGCAGACCUAGUUUUGGGGUGACCGUCAGCCAGCUUUCAGUCACGGUCAAGCAGGAUCUCAAUCUGGGGUUCAGUGGGGUAGAGUCAGGCAAGGUCAGGACCAGGACGGGGACAAAGAGUAGGGUAGGGCACGACAGGUUCUCCAUGACCAGGUAAACCCUGGGUAGGGUUAGAUCUAAAGGAUAAUCUUUUGAGGGGAGGACGUGAUAGAUUUGGGGCCACAGUGGGAUAUGGGGUAGGUUCCGGGGCAAAGAGUUAAGCGGGUUAGAUUUGGGGAGGGGAUUCGAUUUGUGGGGCAGUGUGGUUGUAUCCGAACGGGUGCAAUAGGCGGAAUCUUUUGGGGGGGCUUGUGGGGGUCCCAAAUGUAGGGGGGUUACCCGGAGAGAAAGAGAAGGCCUUGCCCCUUGCCUUUGCCCCAUGGGGUGAUACUUUUGAGGGGCAGGAAAGGGGGUCUUUCCCCCUAAAAUUGGAUUCUACACAAAGCUGAGACAUUUGAAAGGCGGGGUAUAAAUAACAAGAACAACAACAACAAUUAGAGGGUCAGAAGGUGACGACCCCCCCCAGCAGAGGUCAAGGGUCAGACAGCUUUUGAGCCUUCCUUGGAGUUGUCCAAGGAUCAGCCUUAAGGAUGGAGAGACGCAAGGAGGGGAGCAAGGGAAUGCAUCCCUCUUUAGUGAAUCCCUCUGGCCAUUUCCCGGUCCUGUGGUGCCUCCUGCUGAUGCUUUGCUGCCACCCGGACUCCUGUGCCGGGGCCGACUUGACGAUUGCGGUGGUUCUCCCCGAGCGCAACACCAGCUACCCCUGGGCUUGGCCGCGGGUGGGCCCGGCCGUGCGGAGGGCCGUGCGGAGUGUCAACACACGGCGGGACCUGCUGCCCGGCUUCACGGUCCGGCUGCUGUUCGGCUCCAGCGAGGACCAGGAGGGCACCUGCUCGGACUCCAUCGCCCCGCUCUCGGCCGUGGACCUCAAGAUGGGGGCCAACCCUUCCCUUUUCCUGGGGCCUGGUUGCGUCUACACGACAGCCCCGGUGGCCCGUUUCACCCGCCACUGGGGGCUGCCCUUGUUGACUGCCGCCGCCGAGGCCGUGGGCUUCGGACAGAAGUCCGCCGAGUAUGCAUUGACCACCCGGACUGGGCCUAGCCAUGGAAAGCUGGGCGAGUUCGGGAUGCGACUCAGCCAGCACUUCGGCUGGACCCGCCGGGCUCUGCUGCUCUACUGGGUUGGGCACGACGACCGGCCCUGCUACUUUGCCGUGGAGGGGCUCUACCUCCAGCUGCCCAGCCUCAACAUCACCGUGGAGGACAUCCCUUUCCCAGAGAGCAACUACACCGCCAUCGUCAGCCACAUCAAGCAGAAGGCCCGCAUCGUCUACGUCUGCUGCGCUCCCGAGAUGUUCCGCAAGCUGAUGCUCCACGCGCACCGAGAGGGCCUCACCGCCGGCGAGUACGCCUUCUUCUACAUCGACCUCUAUGGGGCCAGCCUCCAGGCAUCCCACUUCCCCGACCGGCAGCUUCCCUGGCGGCGCAAAGAUGGGGAGGAUGCCGCGGCACGAGAGGCGUACAAGGCGGUGAUGAUCAUCACAUAUUCGGAGCCGACGAAUCCCGAGUACCAGCCCUUUUUGGAGGAAAUCAAGCGGGACGCUCGGGCGCAACACAACUUCACCAUGGAAGACGGGCUGAAAAACUUCAUUGCCGCCGCCUUCCAUGACGGAGUGCUGCUCUACGCCCAUGCCGCGAACGAGACGUUGGCGCUGGAAGGCUCCAUUGCCAAUGCCACGUCCAUCACCCGCCGCAUGUGGAACCGCACUUUCUACGGGAUCACGGGGUACAUGAGGAUCGACCCAAACGGCGACCGGGAAAUGGACUAUUCGCUCUGGGAUAUGGACCCCACAUCUGGGGAAUUUGAGAUUGUUGCCAAUUUCAACGGGACCACCAAGGAGAUUGAGAUGGUUGCCGGAAAGGAGAUCCACUGGCCAGGAAACGCCAUCCCCAAAGAUGUGCCCUUCUGCGGGUUUGAAAACGAAAAUCCCGCCUGUCAAAAAGCCUCCUUCUCCUUGCUGGAGAUCCUGUCCCUGGCCAUGACCCUCCUCCUCGCCAUGGCCAUCAUGGCGGCCUUCUUCGUCUACAGGAGAAUGAAGCUGGAGAAGGAGCUGGCGUCGGAGCUGUGGCGCGUCCACUGGGAGGACGUCCAGUCCAGCAACUUGGAGAAGCACCUGCGCAGCAUGGGCAGCAAGCUGACCCUCUCCCUGAGGGGAUCCAACUACGGCUCACUGCUCACCACCGAGGGACAGCUCCAGGUUUACGCCAAGACGGCAUAUUACAAAGGCAACCUUGUGGCCAUCAAACACGUGAGCCGGAAGCGCAUCGAUUUGGCACGGAACGUGCUUUUCGAGCUGAAACACAUGCGAGACGUCCAAAGCAAGCACUUGACCCGCUUCAUUGGGGCCUGCAUCGACGCCCCAAACAUCUGUAUCCUGACCGAAUAUUGCACCCGGGGGAGCCUCCAGGAUAUCUUGGAGAACGACAACAUCACCUUGGAUUGGACCUUCCGCUAUUCGCUCACCAGUGAUAUUGUCAAGGGCAUGCUCUUCCUCCACAACAGCGCCAUCUCCUCACACGGCAACCUGAAGUCCUCCAACUGCGUGGUGGACAGCCGCUUUGUCCUGAAGAUCACUGACUACGGACUGUCCAGCUUCCGCCAGGGCACCGAGACGGAGGACUCCCACGCCCUUUUUGCCAAGAAACUAUGGAUGGCUCCCGAGCUCCUGCGCAUGGCGGCGCCUCCCCCGGCGGGGACCCAGAAAGGUGAUGUCUACAGCUUUGGUGUCAUCUUGCAAGAAAUUGCCUUGCGGAACAGCGUCUUCUAUGUGGAAGGCAUGGAUCUGAGCCCCAAAGAGAUUAUUGACCGCGUGACGAGAGGCGAGUGCCCGCCUUUCCGCCCCUCGGUCAAUUUGCCCCCGAACCUGGAGGAAGUGGUCCUCUUAAUGCAGCGCUGUUGGGCCGAAGACCCCCAGGAGCGCCCCGACUUCCACCACAUCAAGUCCAUGCUGCGGAAGUUCAACAGGGACAACAGCUGCAACCUCCUGGACACCUUGCUCUCGCGCAUGGAGCAGUACGCCAACAACCUGGAGGAGCUGGUGGAGGAACGGACGCAGGCCUACCUGGAGGAGAAGCGCAAGGCAGAGGUCCUGCUUUACCAGAUUCUGCCCCACUCGGUGGCCGAGCAGUUGAAACGAGGGGAGACGGUGGAAGCGGAAGCCUUUGACAGUGUCACCAUUUACUUCAGUGACAUCGUGGGGUUCACCGCCUUGUCGGCAGAGAGCACCCCCAUGCAGGUGGUGGCUCUUCUCAAUGACCUCUAUACCUGCUUUGAUGCCAUCAUAGAUAACUUCGAUGUCUACAAGGUAGAAACCAUUGGAGAUGCCUACAUGGUAGUGUCGGGCCUGCCUGUUCGCAAUGGCCGGUUGCAUGCCCGUGAGGUGUCGCGCAUGUCCCUGGCACUCCUGGAGGCCGUCCGCAACUUCAAAAUCCACCACCGGCCAGAUCAGCAGCUCAAACUCCGGAUCGGGAUUCACAGUGGUCCAGUCUGCGCAGGGGUUGUGGGCCUGAAGAUGCCUCGCUAUUGCCUCUUUGGGGAUACGGUCAACACAGCCUCACGCAUGGAAUCCAAUGGAGAAGCUCUGAAGAUCCAUUUGUCGGGCACCACCAAAUCCAUUCUGGAGGAGUUCGGAUGCUUCGAAUUGGAGCUCCGGGGCGAUGUGGAGAUGAAGGGCAAAGGGAAACUCCGGACCUAUUGGUUGCUGGGCGAACGGGUCAGCAGCACUCGUGGUUGACCAUUUGGUGUGACCUGCCUAUCCUGGCUGAGCCCCCAAGUUUCCAAAUGGAAGGACAUCUUCUCAGGUUCUCGGUUUGAGGACCUUGAGGUGCAUCCAGGACUGAACUCCCAAGACAAUACCAUCUUGAGGACCCCGUUUCCACCACGGACAUCAGUUGUCCUCCCAAAUCUGGUUCAGAUGUACUUGCGGGGCUCCAAAGAUUGGUCUAUUGGUGGACUGUGGUUGCCUUCUAACUCGGGACUGGGCAUCCGAAAUGGCCAUGGCACGGACAUUGGUCAUCUUCUGGACCCCACGGUUGCCCUCCUGCCCAUUCAUACCCCAUACUUGCUUGCUCUUGGAACAGUUUAGAUUUUCUAAUAAAAUGGAAAUAUCUCCUUGUGUUUUCACUGAA